CCCCUCGAUGGCGCCCAUCGGGCUACUCCUGUCACUGUUCUGCGCUGCACUGGGUGGUGGUCCCUGCUGCUGCCACACCCGUGUGGUGCUUCGCCCAAUUGGAGGAGGAAGGGGGAGGUGGGGCCUGUGCUGACCUACUGGGUGAUGAACCCGUCCCAUUGGCCGACUGCUGCCUCAACCCCACCUAUGGCUACAAGCGCCACCCCCAUGGCCACUGCCACACCUGCCGACAGGGCGCGUGGGGUCCCUGGGGACCCUGGAGCGGGUGCUCGGUGACCUGCAGGGAGGGGACCCAGCGCCGGGGACGGAGCCGCGACCCUGCGGGGGACCCGGGGGACAGGCGGGGAGUGGCAGCUGCGGGCGUGUCACCUCCCCUGCUGUCCUGAGGCGGGGGGCUGGACCCCGUGGUCGCCGUGGGGCGAGUGUUCGGUGACGUGUGGGGCAGGGACGCAGGGGCGGAGCCGGGCGUGCACUGACCCCGCCCCUCGCUGCGGGGGGGGCUGCGGGCCCAGGCGGGGCCCGGGAGACACGGGCGUGUCGGGGCGGGCCCCCCACGUGUCCUGUGGGGGGCGGGUGGGGCCCAUGGGGCCCGUGGGGCAGCUGUGGGGGGGAGCUGCGAGGGGGCGGGGUCAAAGCCGAGGCGGAGUCGAAGCCGUCGCUGUGAUUCGCCGCCGCCUUCGACGGACCCGCCCGGCCCCGCCUGCCCCGGCAACGCCAUCGACGCCCAACCCUGCCCUGCCCCUGCCGCCCUGCCCCGUGGAUGGUGCCUGGGGGGCGUGGUCAGCCACCGCCCCCUGCCCGGUAACGUGCGGGCUGGGCGCGGUCACGUGGCGUCGGGCUUGCGAUGCUCCGCCCCCCCAGCACGGGGGCCGGCGUUGUCACGGCAACAGCAUGAGGCAGGGGGGUCUGUGGACCCCACGGGCCCUGCCCAGCUGUGCAGCACUGGGGCCCGUGGGGCGACUGGACCCCCUGCGAGCGGCCGCUGUGGGGCACGCAGAGCUGCGAGCCCACCGUGGGGCAGCAGAGGCGGACGCGGGGGAAUGUGUGGGGCGCAAGCCGGGGGGCCCCCCCUGCCUCACGGAGGGGGGGGUCGCCACCAUCCAGAUUCGCGCCUGCUACAACAUCCACCACUGCCUCCUGGCAGGGAACUGGUCAGACUGGAGCCCCUGGGGACUCUGCACCCCCCCGUGUGGGGCCAGCCCCACACGUAGCCGCACCCGGGAGUGCCAGCCCAUCUACCCCGCCUAUCCGCUGACGGUGACCCCUGUGGGCUCGUCCGUCCCCGUCAAUGUCACUUUUUGGGGGUCGGCUCGGCCCCGCUGCCCCCCGCCUGGAGGGGGCAACUCCUGCGCCUGGAGGAGAGUCGGCCAUGCCUGCACGUGCUGCCCUGCCCCCCCCCCGGAGGAGGACUGACGCUCCCGGUGACGUCACGGCCCCCCCC